AUGGAGGCCGCCCUUCUGGGCGGGUUAAUCAGAGCCAUCGUGCCGAAGCUCAUCUCGCUGGGUCACGAGAGAUACAAGCUGCAAAAGAGCGUAGGCGAGGACCACGGGGCCGUGUCGGGCUUGCUCAUCGAAGACCUGCGCGAGCUGGCUUUCGGCAUCGAGGACUUCUUGGAUAGCCUUAUGUACCACACAAUCUGGAAGCAGCAGCCGGCCUCGUUCCAGAAAAUCGCUCGGCUCCCCAAGAUGCUGCGCGCUCGCCUGCAGUUCGCCGGCUCCGCCGAGCGGCGGCGGCUGAGGAACCUGACGACGGAGGCGUACGAGCGGAGGAAGAGAUUCACGGCGGGCACGGGCCCAGCACACCAACAGCCCUCGGCUGCUGCUGCGACGACUCCGAUGGGUGAGUCGCCGUCGUCGGUAUUCCAUCCGCGCAACGUCGGUGACACGGAUCUAGUGGGCGUCGACGGGCUCCGGGCGGAGCUCCUCUUGUUCAAGAGUGUGAUAUGUAGAGUAUGUGGUUCAAGGUAUUUAAUUGUGAUAGAUGACAUUCAAACAGAAGAUAUGUGGGGAAACAUCAAUUCAGCCUUCCCAGACAACAAUGGUUUUUCCAGUAGAAUACUGGUGACAACAACUAUUCAACCAGUAGCUAUCGCCUGCAGCUCCGCUGAAAGCUAUAUGCACAAAAUGAGAAGACUCGACGAGGGAUGCUCGAAACAAUUGUUCACCGUUAAAACUUGCCCAGAGGAAUAUUCCUGUUACAAGCAGCCGGAUUCAGAAGCAAUUUUGAAGAAAUGUGGUGGCCAGCCACUUGCUCUGAUCAAGAGAAAAAGUCUGUUGAGACUAUGGUUAGCUGAGGGAUUUGUUGAAUUACAACCUUCAACUACCACCCCGGAUUCUGCAACUGCUUUUGAUAUGCUCAAGCAUCGGAACAUCAUUGAGCCCGUUUAUAUAAGCAACAAUGAAAAUGUGAAGACAUGCCAAACUUACAGCAUGAUGCAUGAGUUUAUUUUGCACAUGUCAGUUUCUCAGAACUUUGUCACAUUGCUUUGUGAUGAGAUGACCGAACACAAAUAUGUUCGGCGUCUUUCUGUCCAUAAAAGUGCUGCUAUAGAUGGAAAUAAUUUGGACACCAAUGUUUUAUCUCUCGUUCGAUCUCUGACAGUUUUUGAGAAGCCUAGUGAAGGUAUUUUGGACUUCAGCAAGUAUCGCCUUCUGCGAGUCUUGGAUCUAGAAAGGUGUGAUGACUUGAACGAUAAUCAUGUCAAAAACAUAUGUUGUCUGUUGCUACUGAAAUAUCUGAGCCUUGGAAAAAAUGUUACCAAACUUCCAAAGGAUAUUUCAAAACUGACGCUUUUGGAGACACUUGAUUUAAGGGCAUCCAUGGUAGCUAAGCUUCGGGCAGAAGUCUUCCAUAUGCCUUGUUUAGUUCAUCUGUUUGGAAAGUUUAAGCUCCCUGAUGCAGUAGAUUUUCCAAAGCAAGGAAGAAGUGUCUUGCAGACGCUAGCAGGAUUUAUCGCUGACGGAAGUCAAAGUUACUCAAAACUUAUGGACCACAUGAUAAAACUGAGAAAGGUGAAGGUUUGGUGCGAGUCAUCAGUAGGUGCUGGUGGCACUGAGUGGAAUAGUCUUCAGGAAGCCAUUCACAGAACCUUUAAAAACUCCCUAAAUUGCCUAAAAGAACCCUCUUACCUGAGCUCAUUGAAAUUACAUGGUGAAUUGGACGCAUUACCUCAGUUUGUUAUUUCACUCCGUGGUCUCAAGGAGUUAUGUCUUUCAUCUGUUAAGUUUACAACUCGCUUUCUUGAAGCUUUGACUCAGUUGAGUGACUUGAAAUAUUUAAAACUGAUUGCUGACGACCUUGAGAAGUUCACCAUAAAAGCUAAGGCAUCCCCCAGCUUGCUGCGUCUUUGUUUUGUGCUGCAACAUCCAAAAUUUCCAACAAUUCAAGAAGGAUCUAUGAAACACCUCAAGACACUUCAGUUGGUCUGUAAGGAUCUACAUGGACUUUGUGGUAUCAAAAUAGAAUAUAUGAAACUCCUUAAGGAGGUUAUUCUUCAUGAUGGAGUUGAUCCACAUACAUGGGUAAAAUGGGAAGAGGCUGCGAAGGAACAUCCAAAUAAGCCAAAGGUUUUGCCAUCCAAAACUGUUGAAACUUCAAAAAGGAAUCCUACAGCCGAAAUUUCAAAAUGGGAGCCCAGAGAAAAUUCUGAUGUUUUGGUGCCACCCAAAAUUGAGUUCACAGAAAAUUCUGUCACGUCAAUAGGAUCCUUACAAGACAAGUUCACUAGUGUGCCAGUAAACCAAGAAUUAGAAUCAUCUGCUUUACUGAAGACACAUAGCAUUUGUGCUGUCCAAGCAAGUUCAGAUGAAGGAACGAAUGCUUCUUUCAAUCAUAUGGGAGUUUUUGAGGUUUCUCCCUUGACCAAUUUGUCAAAAACUGCUAGUAAUGCAGAAAGUGAGCCUAUGGUGGUUUGUGUUCCAGUAGAGCUAACCAAAGUUGAAUCUGCAAACAAUUCUGCUUCGACAGUUGAAACAAUAGAACAGACUGACACUCAAAUUCGAGUGAACCAACAAUCGGGGUCCAUUGAUGAGCCAAAGAGGCAGAAUACCGAUAUACAGAAUCAUGCUUUCAAGAGUACAGGGUUUUCCGAGGAUUCUCUUUCAACCGAGUUGUCAAUUACUGGGCACGACAUGGUGCCUUCUCAUACACUUCAAGGAUGCUGA